AAGCUGCUGGAAGCCAUUUUUAUCUCAUUGGGUUUUUCCAAGGUGAAUGCGUUGAAUUUAUUUGACGUUUUAUUUCGCUACAAAAAAAAUGUUUACGAAGAUGACAUCAGUUACUAUCAAAUUCAUGGAUAUCUAUGGAAAAUGGGUCUGAAAUGUGCUUUGAAAGUUUAUUUCCUUUGGAUAUUUAUAGUAAAUACUUAUGGUCGAAUAAAUGAAGCUGGUAAAGAAGAUCCUGACUGCAAAGGAUUGAGUAUACUCAGCCGUAAAGCAUGGAGAGCUAGACCCUCUGUUCGAGUGGUACCCAUAAGUUUGCCGGUCAAUCAUGUCAUUAUCAUCCACACAGCAGAUGUCCAAUGCAAAAAUACUCCUCAAUGCAUAAGAAUAGUGCAGUUUACCCAAAACUACCACCUAGAUUAUAAUGGUUGGUGGGAUAUUGGCUACAAUUUCUUGAUCGGCGGAGAAGGAUUAGUAUACGAAGGUGUUGGCUGGAAACACGUUGGUGCGCACACUUUUAAUUUCAAUUUCAUAUCCAUGGGAAUUGCUUUCAUGGGAGAUUUCAGAAAUGCUACACCGAAUAAUCGAAUGCUAGAUGCUGCUCAACUGCUAAUUGAAUGCGGAAAGAAAAAGGGGUACUUAUCGCCAUACACAGAGAUUCAUGGACACAGAGAUGCCAUAUGUACCAUAUCGCCUGGAGAUAAACUGUAUGCAAUAAUAAAGCAAUGGAAAAAUUUCAUUGGCGGAAGAUUGCCUAUGUACUCCUGCUAAAUAAACGAAAA